UGUCCUCCCCACGCCCUCCCCGCCCAAGGCCGAACCCCGAGCCGGGUCUUUCCCGGCGUCCGGAGGCCCCCCAGCCCGGCCAGCCCGGCCCGCGUGGAUCCCGGCUCGGAGGGGCCAUCGCCGCCGCAGGAGGAAGCUGGUCCAGCUGUGGGGUGAGUUAACGUGGACCAGGACAUCUCAGAGCAGGCCUGAGCUUUCCCAGUAUCCCUGCACAGACACAGCCAAGCUUCCCGCUUCCUCUCCUUGGUGCAACUCUACUUAUCCAAGAGAGAGCCCAGCAAGUGCUUUGCGCCGACUUAACGCUUCAUGUCUCCAGCCACAGCGAAGGCAUGAUGCAUACAGAUAAGCCCCUGAGUACGCAGGACAUGGAAGAAGUAUGGGUAGGAACUGGGGAGGUUUUGUCCCCCAAUACCUCCUCCCCGUUCCCCCCCGAGCCUCCAGGGACCUCUGGGAGCAUCAUUCCUGUUUACUGCGCCCUGCUGUCCACCGUGGUUCUUGGCCUGCUCGCCUACGUGGUCUUCAAAUGCUGGCGCUCGCGCAAACAGAAACAACAGCUGGCCAAAGUUCGGACCGCAGAGCUGGGGGUCCUGGACCAGAGGCCUGGUGAAGAAAGCACCAUCUUUCUGGACUCUCCCGGUGGAACAGAACCCAGCGGCCAUCCCCAAGGGCUACAGCCAGACCCCGACUGCCGACUUUACCUUCAUCUCCCCCGGAAGCAGCAAGAGGAAGUGGAACGGCUCCUGGAGGUGCCCGGUGAAGCUGACCAGGGCUGGCGGGCCCUGGCAGGGCUUCUGGGCUACGAGGUUGAAGCUGUGGAGACCAUAGGCAGGAGCCAGGAGCCGGCCUAUACCCUGCUGAGGGACUGGGCGGCCCAGGAAGGCAGCCGGGCUACCCUCCGGGUGCUCCGCGAUGCCCUAGCUGCCCUACACCGUGAAGAUGUGCUGCAGGUGCUGGGCCCUUUGGUGGAGGGCGACUCUGUGGUAUGAGUUGGGGGUCUUGCCCACCUAUUCCGGUGCUCCCUCUUUUCUACUUUUGUAUCCUGUAUUAAAGGUGGCUUUGGAUUUCUC